AUGCCGAAUUUCGAAUUCGUCAACGUCGGCCGCCCUGGCGACGUGAAGAAGGAAUCGACCCGCAUACGCCGCCAUGUCAUGAAAGACAUCGGCAAGGCGCGGCGGAAGCCUAAGAAGCGCAGCCAGACGACCGUAGAAGAGGGGAUAGUUACCUUGGGCGAGGGAAGUGAAGCGGGAUCCGCGCGCCCUCUCGCUUUCCCGAUUCCUAGGAUGGACGGCCACUUGAGCACGAUGGUGUACCCAACCGAGAUGGACGAAGAGCGGUUGGGCCUCGCCCGCUUCUUGUUUGCCGAGGCCAGGGCGACUUACAUACCGUUCCGUUUCCCAUGGCUGUCGAUGGGCCUGUCUGAUCCGGCCGCCUGGCACAUCACUAUGGCAAACGCCGUGCUGCUCCGCAACAUGGCUCCCGGUAGCAGUAGGAAACCCGAGUUCAACUCGAAUGUGGAGGCGAUGAAGUGGUAUACCCUGUCGCUGGGGUCCAUCAGCAAGAGGUUGGCUGAUCCCAGCGAGAAAGACAGCGAGGGGCUUGUCACGGCUGUGGCGGGCUUCAUCUGUCACGAUAAGACUGCUACGGGCAAUUUCGAACGUAGCGAGGUCCAUUUCAAGGGACUCAAGCGCCUCAUCGAGAACAAAGGCGGUCUGGAACAACUCAGCAGCCCUCUCUUGCGCCUCAUAAUCUGCUGGCACGAUCUAUCCGGGGCGUCAUACAGAGACACCACGCCGCAUUUCAAGCUACCCAGCGGCUCCAUCACCGACAUCGACACCGGCAACGACACGCAAUAUCUCGAGCACCUCGUCGAAACCUGGGACCGGGAUGUCCCUGCCCUCAGGGACAUCAAGAGCGCAAUAAGAGCCACCGCCGCCAUUGCAAGCUACAUCAACCGACACAGCAGCGACCCGAAGUUUUGGACCGACGAGGUAACAGCAGCACGCCUCCUGGGGCCCGCUCUACACGAAGUCCUCUCGCUCGCCGGCCGCCGGCCCCUCCCCGACAACCCAGCCGACCCGCCGAACUACCCCGACGCCGCCACCAUCACCCGGGAGGCCUUCCGCCGGGCCGCGCUCCUGUUCCUCGCGUCCUUCAAGGUCAAGUUUGGAGCGGGCUCGUUCGAGAUCGGGCGGCACCUGGAUGCGUUCUGGCAGCUCUCGCACAUGACCCUGGUCGACUGGACGUCGUGCGCGCCCGAGCUGAGUUUGUGGGCGCACGUCGUGGUGGCCGUGCAGGAGGAGGAGAGUGGAUACCGGCGGGCGUGGCAUGUGCGGACCAUCGUGGGGAUUAUGGAGGCUAUGGUCCUGACGACGAGCGGGCAGGCGUUCGAGGUGGUCAGGGGCAUCGCUUGGGUGGAUGCUUUGGUUGAGGGGAGGACCCAUACCCUCUGUGAGGAGAUCGAUGGCCUCGUCGUUGGGAAUAUGAUGCAGCGGUACCCCAGUAUACCCAUUGAUCUUGGGCUCGAGGCGUAUUUCGAGGGGUUUGAUGAUCGACAAGAAAGCGGCUGGAAUAACAUUGAGCGUAACGACCCGGACUCAGCGCUCAUAUAA